AUGCCCUCAAUCCUAAAAUUUUAAACAGAAACUAAAAGCCAAUAAAGUAAUUCAGUUAGGGAUUUAGAUAAUUCACAAUAUUAUGAUCUAACAUUUCAAUAAAACUAAAAACCUCAUUAGAUUGCAAAUCAUUAUUUUUAACCAAAAUUAAAGGUAAUUUCUAGCUCAAAGCCUAAACUUUUUCUUAAUUAAAUAUCAAUCAAAUAAAAUCAAAGUUUUCGAGAUCUCUCUUUUAUUGAAUCUCCAAGCAGUCUUAAAUCAAAAAGAGAAGAAAAUUUUGAUGAACUUUGUACAAAUUUUAGAGGUAGAAUUUAGUCUAUAAAACAAUAAAUGUCUCCUUAAAUAAUGAAUAAAUAAUCCCCUCAUUCAAUGAGGAAUUUAUAAAGUUAAAGAAAAAUUUUGGAAAACGCUCUUGAAGACAAUAAAUAUUAAGGAAAUAAAGAAAAGAAAAUUGAUUAAUCCCCAUCCACUUAGUUUAAAACUGGUUAUAUUCAUAAUUUUUAGUAUAUAAAAAAUUCUCAGCAUAUAGUUGCAUUUCAAAAUGAAAAAUCUGUUAAAGAUCUGGAAAAACCUAUUAAAAGAUAAUAAGAAAAAUAUUUAUCACCAAUAUCAAACGAGAAGAAUUUUGUAUAUCCUUAGAAAUAAGUAGUUACUAAAGAGAAAGAAUUUAAAGAAAAAAAUUGGAAUAAAUUAAAAUCAAAAAAAAAAUCCAUACAUUUGCUUUAAAAUUAUUAUUAUGAGGAUUAAAUAAAUAGAAAAAUAAAGAAUUUUUAGAAAUGUAUUUUUGAAAAUUAAUGCAUUCAUUUAAUAUAUAUUAGACCAUCUGCAAUAAGGGUUUAAAAAUAUUUUUUAAAAGAUGCAAAUAAUGAGAAAAUAUUGAGAAAAUGUUUUAGUUAUAGAUGGUGGUGGUAAGAAUCAAAUAAUAAAGGUGAAGAUGUUGAAUUCUUAUGGAAUUCUUAGGCUUCAAUUUCUUUUUUAAAUAAAUAAGAAUAAAGACAUAUUAGUGAUAAAAAAGAGUUUCAACCAUUUGAAUAAAUUUUAUAAAAAUCUGAAGGAGUGGAAAAUUAUAUGAAAUUUGCUGUUGAAAAUAAAUUAAAUUUAUUGUCACCUAUUAUAAAAGUUCAUAAUCACAUAGAUCGAUCAUAUCCAUUGUGGACAAAAAAGAAUUUGAUUAACUAAAUUAUUAAAUAUUGUCAACUUACAAGAUAAUAUGUUGAUAAUUUUAUACCACUGUCUAUGGUAGUGGAUUAUUUAGGUGAAAAUCUGCUUUAUGAAUUUUUAAAGAAUCUUAAUACAUCAACCGACUUUUGGGUUGUAAGAAAAAGUGAUAUUAAAGAAGAUGAUAUAAUAAUGAUAUGUCAAAAUACAGAAAGUGUUUUUAAUCAUCUUAAUAAAGAAUUUAAGAUGCCAAACAGAGAUUAAUAGAGUUUUAUAGUAUAAUAAUAUAUAAAUUCAAUCGAAUUUUAAGAAAUAAAAUUAGAUCUAUGUUAUUAUUUACUAAUAACUUAAAUAAAUGGGAUUGUUAGGGGAUAUAUAUAUGAAUAGUAUUAUGGUUAAUAAUCAAAAAUACAAUUUUCUGGUUUUGAUAAUAAAUCCCAUAUAAUUGAAAUUGAAAAUACAAAAUAAACAAUAUUAAAUUAGUUAAUUUCUAUGAAAAGUAUAUAGAACUAUUUUAAAGAACUUAAUAUUGAUUAUGAAAAUAAGAUUUAUCCAUAAAUAAAACAUAUUUUAAGUGAAUAUUUAAAAUCUAUAUUUAUUCAGAUGGCAGUAAAAGAUCACAACUUUGAAGUAUUAAAAAUUAUUUUAAUUAGUUACUUAAAGUUUUAAUUGUAAUUGAUAAUAAUAGCAAACCUUGGUUACUUAAUACAGAACCAAAUCCUGUUUUUGAAACUGAUAUAGAGUUUAUGAAGGAUUAUACAUAUCAAUUAUUAGAUAAUGUUUUAUAAUUAGGAUUAGAUGUAUUAUUUCCAUCACCAUUAAUUUGGCCAAAAGAGAAAAAAAGAGAUAUUGAAAUUUAUUAAGAAAUCAAUAAUUUUGAUAUAGUUUUCGAUUCAAGAAUAGAAGGAAAAGGAUUAAAAUCCUUAUUUGAAGAAAAGUUGACUGAAGAUAAUUAUUAUGAUGAAUAUUGA